GCUGCAGUUCUGGGAGUUCUGCAACUCAGACUGACUGGAUUCACUCUUACACACGCUCUUACACACUCUCGUACGCUCUUACAAACUCUCACACACUCACACAUACUCUCACACACUGUCACAUGCUCUCAAAAACUCUCUCACACACUCUUCCACACUUCCACACACUCUUAAACGCUCUCUCAAACUCUCACACUCUCUUACACACACUCUCACCCUGUCACACGCUCUCUCACACACUCUCUUAAACUCUUACACACUGUCACACACUCUCUCACGCUCUUACAAGCUCUCUCACGAUCUCUCACACUCUCAUCAGACACACACUGAUGGCGGAUCACAGAUCAGGACCCUCUGCUUUCACUAUAGCCAGUAUUUUAGGGCUGGGCAGAACAGAGCCGAGGAGCACCAUCAGCAUCCCCUACAGACCCUGGACUGACGUCCCGAUAACACAGAACUGUCACGCAGUAACAGCUGAUGGAUCUCUGGACGUGAUGGUCGAGGAGGAAAACAGCCCAAUCACGACUCCAGUGGAAAACUGCAGACGAUCCCUCAACUGGUACAUCGGCCGCAGACCUCGAACAGCCUUCUCAAGCCUGCAGAUCGAGAUUCUGGAGAGCGUGUUUCAGGUGAAUUCAUACCCUGGAAUUGAUCUGAGAGAGGAACUCGCUGAGAAACUGAACCUCGAUGAGGACAGAAUACAGAUCUGGUUCCAGAACAGACGAGCGAAGCUGAAGCGAUCUCACCGGGAGUCUCAGUUCCUCAUGGUGAAGAAAGUCAUCACCGGCCUCCAGAGCAGAGAUCAGCAGUGACUCUGAUAUAUUUCAUUACUGUUUCUAUUAUAUUGUAAUAUAUUCUGUUGUGACUGUAAAGUGCUGCACAUUUGUAUUUAAGAUGUUUGUUUUAAUAACUUAAUAAGUGGUUCUAUUUUGUGAGAUGAAUAAAACAGUGCAUUAACUGUGA